UUGAGUUUCCCGGGCCUGACGUCACUGCCAACGCUCACUCAUUGGCCCAGUUUAGGAAGACCAAGCGUUCCCAGGACAACAAAACGCUAAACAACUGACCGAGGUAACCUGCGGCAGCUACUGACCCGCUCAGAAACACCGAGGAUUAACAUUCGCUUCAGUACAUUCGAAGUUUUCUGCGUUAAAGAAAGUUAAAGGCUUGAGUUGAGAAAGCGGGAAUCCAGGAGAAGAACCUCAAACAUGAGUGGUAACAGGAUGUACAGCCACCAGCAGAGGUUAAUGGCUCAGCGGCGGGUCCAGGAGCAGCACCGGCAGCAGGAGGCCCAGCGGGUGGACAGAGAGCGGCAGGUCCAGGCCAGCCUGAGGGAGGAGGAGGGCUUCGAGAGGAGGAGGUACCUGCGACAGGUGCAGCAGGAGCUCAAGGAGAAGCAGAUAGAGAGCGCACUGCUCAAGGCAGAGGAGGAUCGAGUUAACCGGGAAAAGCAGCUUGAACAGGAAGAGAGAAUGGCCAGGGAGCUGGCCCGCAUCAACCACAAUAAGCAGAAAGAGGAGAAAAUGAGGCAGUAUAUCAAAGAGAACAGCACGGAGCUUCGAGAGCUGGAGUUGAAGCUGAAGUCUGCGUACCUGAACAAGGACAGAGCCGCACAGAUUGCUGAGCAGGAGGCCAUGAGGUUUGAGACAAUGCGGGAAGAGGCAGACUACGCUCGCAAGAUGAGGAGCGACCGGGAGCGGGUAGCCAUUGAGCAGCAGAAGCUGCAGCAGAAGCGCCAGGAGGAGAUGGUGCAGUAUCAGAAAGAGCUGGAGCAGCAGCUCAUGGAGAGGGAGCGCAGGAGACAGGAAGCGUAUGAGGAAUUCCUCAAAGAGAAGCUCAUGGUGGACGAGAUCGUCAGGAAGAUUUACGAGGAGGAUCAGACGGAGCGGCAGCUGAAACUGGAGAAAGUCCGAGCCACUCAGCAGCAUAUCGAAGAGUUCAAGAGACAGCAGGCCGAGUGGAGGCGCAUGGAGCGAGAAAGGAUGGAGGCCGAGAACCGGCGCAUCAUGGAGUUUGCCAUGCAGCAGCAGCACAUGGAGAAGGACAGGAUAGCCAAGCUCAAAGAGAGAGAAGAGGCGAAGGAGCAUCUUCAUAAAUUGCUCUGCGUGAAGAUUGAGGAGGAGCGGCAACAGCGUGAAGAGAUGGAGCGCGUUCGUCAGGAGCUUUAUUUGGAAGAGCAAGAAGAGGCUAACAGGCAGAGAGAAAUCGAGGAGAUGGAGAAGAAAAUCAGACAGAGGCUGAUGAUGCAACAGACCUUCCAGGAGCAGCUGGCUUUCAAAGAGAUCUUUUAA